AUCAAGUGAUACAUGAUGCUUUUUAUAGUACAUAAUUUGCUAAAGUGCUUUUUCUCUUUCAUUCUUUUCUCAUACUAGUACCUGAAUUUAUGUGAUUCCGCGACUAGUAAAUUGCUCAAUCAUAACUCAAGGCCAGCCUCAAUAAUGCUUAGUUAUCGAUUAACGCCAACUUGUACUUUGUGUGUUUCAUAUCUUUAGGUCACUCCAAGUAGGAUAAGACUCUUUAUUUGGAUUUUAGCAAAUCGAAUUUUUAGACCAAUCAUUAAUGGGAAGAAUCCUAUUGCACAUCCUUUUGUUUUUAUUUUUUAAAAUUUAUUUUGCUUUUAUUGUUUUAUAAAUGGCUCAUAAAAUUCAUACUUUGUUAUGCUUUUGAUUUCGGAAGUUCUUAGUGCUGUCUCUCUUACUUCUCCCUCCAUGCUCCCUGAUUUCGCUUCAGGUUGCUUCAUGUGUUUAACAGUGAGCUCAACGGUUGAUGGACUGCUACCCCAAAAGUAGUGACAAGAAAACAUUGAAGAGGUGGUUUUUUAUCGACAAAAGAGUAGGGUGAAGUGGAAAUUUGAUAAAAUUAUUAGUUUCUUAUUAAAUUGUUAUUGCGUCUGAGUUGGCUUAUAAAACCUGGAUCCUAUGGACAUGAAUUCAAAUCAUACUCCUGUUCUCACGGACAGUGCUCCGAUAACAAAUUCAAGGCUGCAUUCCAAUUUGUUGCCUUAUUCCCAUACUGGUGCAACCUUUUCACACGGUAUGCUGUUGAAUAUCCCAAGGAAGAAGACUGGAAUUCUUGAAGAUGUUUUUUCUUGUGGUUGGUUGGAUGCCAUGAAAUCAUCUUCACCUCCACCGAAGUAUAUAACAAAGGAUGUUAAUCAAGGUUUUGCAUCAUCUGAAUCUGAUCCUUACUUUAACUGGCUGCUAAAAUAUCCAUCAGCACUUGCAUCUUUUGAUCAAAUAACAAACUUUGCAAAAGGCAAAAGAAUUGCAUUAUUUUUGGACUACGAUGGAACUCUUUCACCAAUUGUGGAUAAUCCAGACUGUGCUUUCAUGUCGGACAAUAUGCGUGCUGCUGUUAAAAAGGUGGCAGAGUAUUUCCCAACAGCAAUAAUUAGCGGAAGAAGUCGCGACAAGGUGCAUGAAUUUGUAGGACUAACGGAACUCUAUUACGCUGGUAGCCAUGGAAUGGACAUCAUUGGCCCUGUUAGACAAUCUCAAUCUGUGUCACAUAACCACCCUAAUUGCAUCGUUAAGUCUACAGACAAGCAGGGCAAGAAGGUUAAUUUAUUCCAACCUGCUGCUGAAUUCCUGCCAAUGAUUAAUGAGGUACUUAACUCUCUCAUUGAGUGUACAAGAGAUAUCAAAGGAGCAAAAAUUGAGAACAAUAAAUUUUGUGUAUCUGUGCAUUACCGCAAUGUGGAUGAGAAGAGCUGGGAUUUGGUGGGGCGUCGAGUUAAUGAUGUUCUUAAGGGCUUUCCACGUUUGCGGUUAACUCAUGGUCGCAAGGUUUUAGAGGUCCGACCUGUGAUUAACUGGGAUAAGGGAAAAGCGGUCACUUUUUUACUCGAGUCACUUGGACUUAAUAAUUGUGAUGAUGUGCUUCCUAUAUAUAUCGGCGAUGAUCGCACGGAUGAAGAUGCAUUUAAGGUUUUGAGAGAAGGAAAUAAAGGUUAUGGGAUUCUAGUGUCUUCAGCACCAAAGGAAAGCAACGCAAGUUACUCUCUUCGUGAUCCAUCCGAGGUUAUGGAAUUUCUCAAGUCACUUGUGGUAUGGAAGCAAAGCCCCUUAAAAAGCCAUAUAUAGUGUAUAGAGGAGAACAUACUCAGCUAUAACUAUAUAAUAUACAGUUAGUUUUUUGGAUUUCAGUUUUUUGGGAAACAUUUCAAGAGGUUUCACGGAGCAUAUUUGCGGACAUGAAACCUCUUGUGGUAGCAACAUCGUUGUUGCUAUCGGCUAGUUUUGUUGAAAGCUCCAGUGGUAACUGUAAAUUUGAGGCUCAUAAUUAUUAUAUGUAUAUCUAAAAGAAUUAAAGGAAAUAUGUUGAUUAUUUUUUGUUUUUUGUCUCCAUUCACAAAUGUAUUGGGGGUUUAAUUGUUGCUUCUACAGUUACUACGAGUUACAUAUGAAGUUAUUCAUUUGUUAAUUCUUUAUAUAUGUAGUCCGAUUUACUAUUCGAAUCAUAUAAUAUGACGACCUUUUUAGGUGUGAA